GUCCAUCCAUCUCUCCAUCACUCUCUCUUUCUCUACCUGCUGCCCCCUCUCCAUGUUAAACAAUAUUUCAUUGCAAUAUUUAAACAUACUUCAAAAUAUCAUCUGCGUUUCUUUUGACUGCAAGAGCAAAAUCAAAGGGACACCAAAGGGAGAUGCUCCUUGCUAUGAAAUAAAUAAGAAUUUCUCAUGUGAAAUGAACUAGAUGUAGAAUAAAAUAAAGCUAAAUAACAAAGAAAACAGAGAUUUACUUCCUACACCUGAUUUUGGACAAUGAGAGCAUCACUUCCUGCUCAGAGCUCCUGUAGCCCCACCGGAGCUCGGCCAAUCGCAGCAGCCUUCAUGCAUUAUUAAUGAAGUGUGAGGUGUCUGAUGGACGGAGAAGCUGAGCAAUGGUGCUGCAGCAGGAAGUGGCGGGGUGGGGUGAGGGAAAGAAAGAAACAGAAAGAGAGAGAAACGGAGGACGAGAGAGGGCGCGAGAGACGGAUCAAGACGCGUGGGCAGACACUCCAUCAUCCUUCAGCUCUGAUUCACAGAUCACGAUGACCGUGGCCAGUAGCGUCUCUGCUUCAGUGCAGCAGGUGUUCCCCUUCCAUGACGGCUGGAACGUUGCCUGCUUUGUAAUCCUCCUCCUCUUCAUCUUCACCGUGCUCUCCCUUGCUACUCUGGCUUUCCUCUACGAGCUGCUCGACUGCGGCUGCUUUAACAAAACCAAGACCGUUCACAACCGAAGUGGCAGCAGUGACGAAAUCGUAUAGCCAUGGCAACCAGGUCUACGCCACGGAAACACGGUCUACGAGUAACGACUCUGACCACAACUUCGGGGUGGAUGAGGUGUCAGAAUACGGAGUAAAGAAAUGAGCACACAUUUCAAUGCAUAACACUAAGAAAACACACAACCCUGACUGUAUGGUGUCCUCCAUGUGAUGUAAUUUACAACAGCAUGCUUUAGUGGGAUUUGUCCGUUAAGCCGUCACAGCCUAAUAAAUAUCUAUGUGUUAAGCCUUUAAUGUAGACAUCGACAUCUAUGAUACAGAUGUAAACUGAUCACGUCAUUGGAUAUAAAGUGAGAACUGAGGAAAAAACGUACAAUUAAAAAUUGUGGGGGUGUCGAGUAAUCGAGGCAGACAAUAAAGCAGCAGCUAAAAUUGCCCUUGAUGCCAACCACCAAAAAUUCGCACUCCUUUAAAGCCAACAGUGAUUUCCAUAUAAAGUCGUUGCAUUGUGGCAAAGCACAUCAGUGUUGCACACUGUGCAUCAACCCCACUUGGGUGACUUUGGUGGCAGUCAUAGAUAAUUUAGCGAAUGAUCUUUAUCUGGACAGAACUGAGCCUGGAGUCCAGCAUGUCUCCCCAGUCGUUAGCAGCCUGAGGGGGGGAAAGAAAAGGGGGAAAAACCUCCCAGCUGCUGCUGAGGACCCUUAAAAACUUUUAAUGAUAAUUUUGCAUAUUUAUCAUACAGCGCAGCCUGAAGCUGGACAUGUAUAUUGCGUGCGUGUGUGUGGUUCAUUGAAUUCUUUGCUGUCAAUUAAAUGUACUGAUAAAACACACGAUGUCCUGAAUUUCGUAGAGUAUCAACAAGCAUCAUAAAACGCUGAGGGCUUUAUUUUUUGUAAUGAUACCAAAUUAAAUUGCCAUGUUGAGACCCCUAACGUGUCAUUUAUUUUUGUAUCUAAUUGUUUUCUCUAUAUACAUUACAUUUUAGAUGUAGACGUUUUACGUUUACAUUACAUUACGUUUUAGAUUAGAGUAUAGGGCACUGAAAAUGAAUGCAAGUGUUUGGGGAGCUCAUGGAUCGAUAAAUCAUCAAUUCUGGUCAAGUGAAAGCUCCGUUGUGUUGCAAUGUCUUGGAAACGUAAUUAAAUCUACUAUUGUAGAUUAAAACAAAAUGAUGACCUGGUUAGUUUAAAGAAAGAUUUUGCAAAUCUGACUUGAGUCGGAUGAGUUUCGUCCAGUUUCAUCCAAUAAUCGACUACUGCUUGAAUGAAAAUAAAAUUUCACGUGUUGGCUU